AUGAGCGUAUCUGCCAGCUUACUUACAGCAACAUGCGCUUUCACCGGUUUCACGGCCAUCUUCCCGAUAUCUGGCUCAUUCAAGGCCAAGGACAUUUGUGAUGGGUUGUCAGUCAUCUUCAACCGUCAUGGGCACCCGGUCCGACUACGUUGUGAUCGCGCCAAGGCUUACCUGAGCAAGUAUAUGAACGAUUACUGCCAGCAGUAUGGUAUUACUAUCGCCUAUUCCACUCCUCGUUCUCCUUGGACUCUCGGUUGGGUGGAGACUCGCCAUCGGGUUAUCAACUCUACUCUGGCCCGUCUGAUGGAAGGAUCAGGACGUUCGUGGAAUGAUCCAGUAACACUCUCUAUGCUCGAAAACUGUAUUAACUCAUAUGGUCUGGAAUACGAAGGCAGUGAAAAUGUUUGCCCGUAUGAGCUUAUGUAUGGUUUCGCACCUUGCUCCGCCCUACAAGCCCGCCUCAGGGUUGAUCGCGACGACCCAGAUCUCAACGACAUCGAGACCGAUGAUCCCAUCGAGCUCGUCAGUUCAGCACGAGCUAAGGCUACCCGACUUGACAAACUUCAUCAGCGUUUCAGGACCAUAUGGCAAGACCGCCGUGAACGUGUGACUGACAACCGCGAUAGCGGACAAGACGACAAUCAGCAGGGCUCGAAUGCCAGCACCAAGCCUAUUCGUGCUGCGAAGGAGCGCGCUCUGCGUGCGUUGCAGCAACAUUUUCUGCGCGAUGACGAUGAACACUUGUAG